AUGGUUCUCUAUCAUUCAACGCACUUAGCAAUGUUUUCUUUUUUUCUCCUUAUAUUCCCUCAGAUUCGUUGUUCUAUUUCUUUGUUCUCCCCUCGCAUUCCCUGUUAUCUCUCUUUAUUAUUCCCCAGACUCCUUACUAUGUUUUCUUUUUCUCAAUCCGAUUCCUUGCUCUUUCUCCUUUUUCUCCCUCUGAUACCCUGCUCUUCCGUUUCCUUGCUCUGUCUCCUUUUUCUCAAUCCGAUUCCUAGCUCUGUCUCCUUUUUCUCCGUGCAAUUCCUUUCUCUGUCUCCUUUUUCUCCAUCUAAUUCAUUUCUCUGUCUCCUUUUUCUCCAUCCGAUUCCUUGCUCUGUCUCCUUUUUCUGCGUCCAAUUCUUUUCUCUGUCUCCUUUUUCUCAAUCCGAUUCCUUGCUCUUUCUCCUUUUUCUCCCUCUGAUACCCUGCUCUGUCUCCUUUUUCUCGGUCCGAUUCCUUGCUCUGUCUCCUUUUUCUCCGUCCGAUUCCUUGCUCUGUCUCCUUUUUCUCCAUCCGAUUCCAUUCUCUGUCUCCUUUUUCUCCGUCCAAUUCCUUUCUCUGUCUCCUUUUUCUCCAUCUAAUUCAUUUCUCUGUCUCCUUUUUUCUCCAUCCGAUUCCUUGCUCUGUCUCCUUUUCUGCGUCCGAUUCUUUUCUCUGUCUCCUUUUUCUCCGUCCAAUUCCUUGCUCUUUCUCCUUUUUCUCCCUCUGAUACCCUCCUCUGUCUCCUUUUUCUCCGUCCGAUUCCUUGCUCUGUCUCCUUUUUCUCCAUCCGAUUCCAUUCUCUGUCUCCUUUUUCUCCAUCCGAUUCCUUUCUCUAUCUCAUUUUUCUCCGUCCAAUUCCAUUCUCUGUCUCCUUUUUCUCCGUGCAAUUCCUUUCUCUGUCUCCUUUUUCUCCAUCUAAUUCAUUUCUCUGUCUCCUUUUUCUCCGUCCAAUUCCAUUCUCUGUCUCCUUUUUCUCCGUGCAAUUCCUUUCUCUGUCUCCUUUUUCUCCAUCUAAUUCAUUUCUCUGUCUCCUUUUUCUCCGUCCGAUUCCUUUCUCUGUCUCCUUUUUUCCAUCCGAUUCCUUGCUCUGUCUCCUUUUUCUGUGUCCAAUUCUUUUCUCUGUCUCCUUUUUCUCCGUCCUAUUUUUUGCUCUGUCUCCUUUUUCUGCGUCCAAUUCUUUUCUCUGUCUCCUUUUUCUCCAUCCGAUUACCCGUUCUAUCUCUUUAUUCUCCCUCUCAUUCCAUGUUCUGUCCCCUUAUUGUCCUCCCAUUCCCUGUCCUUUCUCUUAAUUCUCCUUCCCAUUCCCUAUUCUGUCUACUUAUACUCCCUCCCAUUCACUAUUGUCUCCUUAUUCUCUCCAACAUUCCUUGUUCUGUCUCAUUCUUCUCUCUCGUAUUCGCUGUUCUGUUUCCUUAUUUUCCCUCCCAUUCGCUGUUCUGUCUCCUUAUUUUUCCUUCCAUUCCCUGCUCUGUCUCUCAGAGAUUAAAUACGUUCCGGUUACGAAACUUAAAUUCCGUUACUAAAAUACUGUUUAUUUAUUAUAUACUCCCCUAUCUAUCUAUCUAUCUAUCUAUCUAUCUAUCUAUCUAUCUAUCUAUCUAUAUACAUAUAAAUAUAGAUAACUAG